CCUGCAUUCACUUCCGGGGCGGGGCCGCGCGCGGUCGCCAGGAGACGUGCGCGUGACACCGCCCCGCGCGGACGGGACGCCGCGGACGGGAGCCGGUUUGGGUCAGGCGGCGGCGGCGGCAGCGACAGCGGCGGCGGCGGCGGCGACAGCGGCAGAGGCCGCAGCGGGAGCGGCGCCGCCAUGGGGGAGCUGUUCCGCAGCGAGGAGAUGACCCUGGCCCAGCUCUUUCUGCAGUCCGAGGCCGCGUACUGCUGUGUCAGCGAGCUGGGCGAGCUGGGCAAGGUCCAGUUCCGCGACCUGAACCCCGACGUGAACGUGUUCCACCGUAAAUUCGUCAAUGAAGUCCGGAGGUGCGAGGAGAUGGACCGAAAGCUCCGGUUUGUGGAGAAAGAGAUUAAAAAGGCAAAUAUUCCUAUCAUGGACACUGGCGAAAACCCAGAGGUGCCUUUUCCACGUGACAUGAUUGAUCUGGAGGCAAACUUUGAGAAAAUUGAAAAUGAGCUUAAAGAAAUCAACACCAACCAGGAGGCUCUGAAGAAAAACUUCUUGGAGCUGACAGAAUUAAAAUUCAUACUGCGUAAAACUCAGCAGUUUUUUGAUGAGGCUGAAUUGCAUCAUCAGCAGAUGGCGGAUCCAGACCUGUUGGAGGAAUCCUCUUCACUGCUGGAGCCGAGCGAGAUGGGAAGAGGUGCCCCACUCCGACUUGGGUUCGUGGCUGGUGUGAUCAACCGCGAGCGCAUCCCCACGUUCGAGCGGAUGCUGUGGCGCGUGUGCCGCGGGAACGUCUUCCUGCGCCAGGCCGAGAUCGAGAACCCUCUGGAGGACCCCGCCACGGGGGACUAUGUGCACAAGUCUGUAUUUAUCAUCUUCUUCCAAGGUGACCAACUGAAGAACAGAGUCAAGAAGAUCUGUGAAGGGUUCCGGGCCUCCCUCUACCCCUGCCCAGAAACGCCUCAGGAGCGGAAGGAAAUGGCUUCUGGUGUCAAUACCAGAAUUGAUGAUCUUCAGAUGGUGCUGAACCAAACUGAGGAUCAUCGCCAGAGGGUUUUGCAAGCAGCUGCUAAAAACAUCCGUGUGUGGUUCAUCAAAGUGAGGAAGAUGAAGGCCAUUUACCACACCCUGAACCUGUGCAACAUCGACGUGACACAGAAGUGCCUGAUUGCUGAAGUGUGGUGUCCUGUUGCUGACCUCGAUUCCAUCCAGUUUGCUCUCAGGAGAGGCACUGAGCACAGCGGAUCCACUGUCCCAUCUAUUUUAAACAGGAUGCAAACCAACCAGACCCCACCCACAUACAACAAAACAAACAAGUUUACUUCUGGCUUUCAAAACAUUGUUGAUGCUUAUGGCAUUGGGACAUAUCGGGAAAUAAAUCCAGCACCCUAUACCAUCAUCACCUUCCCAUUCCUGUUUGCUGUGAUGUUUGGGGAUUUUGGCCAUGGAAUCCUGAUGACUCUGAUUGCUGUCUGGAUGGUGGUGAGGGAGAGCCGGAUUCUGUCCCAGAAGAGUGACAAUGAGAUGUUCAACAUGGUGUUCAGUGGGCGGUACAUCAUCCUGCUGAUGGGGCUGUUCUCCACCUACACGGGCCUCAUCUACAACGACUGCUUCUCCAAGUCCCUCAACAUGUUCGGCUCCUCCUGGAGCGUCCGGCCAAUGUUCAAUAAAGCCAACUGGUCAGAUGCUUUGCUGGAGACCACCCCACUGCUGCAGCUGGAUCCUGCUAUCCCAGGGGUGUUUGGCGGGCCCUACCCGUUUGGCAUUGACCCAAUCUGGAAUAUUGCCAGCAAUAAGCUGGCCUUCCUCAAUUCAUUUAAGAUGAAGAUGUCUGUGAUUCUUGGCAUUUUCCAGAUGCUCUUUGGUGUUGCCUUGAGUCUCCUCAACCACAUCUAUUUUAAGAAGCCACUGAACAUCUACCUUGGAUUUAUCCCAGAAAUGAUUUUCAUGUCCUCCCUCUUUGGAUAUCUUGUUAUUCUCAUCUUUUACAAGUGGACAGCCUACGAUGCUCACACAUCCAAGGAAGCACCGAGCCUCUUAAUACACUUUAUCAACAUGUUUCUGUUCUCCUAUGAGGACACCAGUAAUAAGAUGCUUUAUAGUGGGCAGAAAGGGCUCCAGUGCUUCCUCGUGGUGGUGGCCUUGCUGUGUGUGCCGUGGAUGCUGGUAGCCAAGCCCCUGGUCCUUCGCCAGCAGUAUUUAAGGAGAAAACACUUGGGCACGCACAACUUUGGUGGGAUCCGGGUGGGCAAUGGCCCAACAGAGGAGGAUGCUGAGAUCAUUCAACAUGACCAGUUAUCUACCCAUUCUGAGGAGGGGGAAGAGUUUGACUUUGGGGACACCGUGGUGUACCAGGCCAUCCACACCAUCGAGUACUGCCUGGGCUGCAUCUCCAACACCGCGUCCUACCUGCGGCUCUGGGCGCUCAGCCUGGCCCACGCGCAGCUCUCGGAGGUGCUCUGGACCAUGGUGAUCCACAUCGGCCUCAGCGUGAGGAGCCUGGGGGGAGGCUUGGGCCUCUUCUUCAUCUUUGCUGCUUUUGCCACGCUGACAGUGGCCAUUCUGCUGGUCAUGGAGGGGCUUUCUGCCUUCCUCCACGCUCUGCGCUUGCACUGGAUUGAGUUCCAGAACAAGUUCUACACUGGCACUGGCUUCAAGUUUCUCCCUUUCUCCUUUGAUGUCAUCCGUGAGGGGAGGUUUGACGACUGAGGCCCCUCACUCCAGCAGUGUUAAACGUUGUGUGUGUGUGUGACUGACCCUCCCCAACACCAAGGGUGUGAUGACCCCUCCCCGUGUGUCUGAGUUGUGAGUGUAUAGUGAUAAUAACUUAUUGCAGCACCCUGGAGCGUUACCGUGGCCUCCCAAAGCCAAAAGCUUUGACGUUCUGGGGUAACGACACUGGAUCACAGAAACUUUUUGUUCCUUAAGUUUACUCCCAAAGGUACCAAGUGCAUGAGGUGUCUGUUUGGUCGUGUGCUCCCUGUAUUGUGCAUUCCUUAGCAGCUGAUCAGGGCAGAAAAGAAAUGGCAGCUGUGCUCAGGGGACAAAGCAGCACAUGGAGAAAAAGCCCAACGAUCUCAUCUCGAGAAGAGUGAGGGCUGUUCCCCCUCCUAUUCCUGCAGGCAGUGGUGAGGGGUGCACUGGGUCUCAGCUUGGCUGUGGCCUGGGGCAGGAUGGGGAGGGAUGAGCCUUGGUGCAGACUGUCACUGGUCACUGCCUCUGGCAGUGAAACUUCUGGGGUUUCUGGUGUGAAACCAAAGCCCUCGAGGCACCUCAGUGCCUGUGUGGGCUUGGCAUCGGUGGGGGCAGCUUUUGCACACGUGGGUGUACCAGAGACUCACAUUGUCCUGUGCACUCAGGGCUUGAGGAGCCCUGUAAGGGAGAGCAGUGGCCCAGUCUUGCCAAAAAAGCUCUGUGGCAAGGGGGUCUCUGUGCUGUGUCCCUGCAUUAGCUGUUGCUUUCUUUCCUGACCGAGCUGUCAAUAUUUCCUUGCACUCCUCAACUCGAUGUAGCUGUAGCAGCAGUGGGCUGUGUGUUAGUUCUGUGUGUGGCUGUCACGUUCAGUUUUCGCAGUGGAGAUGAGUAUUUGUGUACAGAGUAGAACAAUAACGACACUCAUUAACCUGGGAGCAAGGAAGAAGUGCCUCGAGGUGCCAGGCUGCUUAAAAUUAGGUGAGAAAGUUAUGUGUACAUUGCACACUGCAGUGUGCAAUGCGUGAGGCACAGGGGCCCUUGUGCUCCACCUGGCAGACCCUGGGGCACUCCUGUGUUACAGGAAGGCGUGGUGGGUAUUCACAGAGGUGUUUGCAGACUGAAGGGUGAAAUCAAAGCGUGCCUGCAGGUGGAGCUUUGAUAUGAGUGUCAAAGCUCACGUGUUCUGCUGUGUUCUGCUGUCUGGGUGAAACAUGUUGCUGACAGUCGCUGUAUAAAUUAAAUGAACUCCACAACAAA